UUUUCCUCCAGUGGAGUUGUGACACUGAAUGGAAACAGCCCAUUUACGCUUCCAACUACCAUAGGUCUUGUGAGCAUCUUCCAGCCCUCUUCCUCCUACAUUAUUGCUGAUUUGAAGAGUCUUCGUCUAGAGAUCCAGUUGGCUCCAGUCAUGCAGUUGUAUAUUGUAGCCAGCACUGAAGAGAAAGGGAAAUUGAGUGGUCUGUGUGGAAACUAUAAUGAUGUCCAAACAGAUGACUUUAAAACAGAAUCAGGCAUCAUUGAGGGCACGCCAAUAACUUUUGUCAACUUUUGGAAGAAAAACCCAUACAGCUGUCCAGAUCUUGAAAACACAUUUGACAACCCCUGUAGUAUGAGUGUGGACACAGAGAAACUUGCUAAAGACUGGUGUUCCCGUCUCACAAACCCAAAUGGCACCUUCGCCCUAUGUCAUUCAGAAAUAUGUCCUGAGAUUUACUACCAAUGGUGCGUCUAUGACACAUGCAAGUGUGCAGAUAUUAGGAAGUGUAUGUGUGCGGCUGUGUCCACCUAUGCCCACGCAUGUGCUGCCAAAGGAGUCAUUCUCCAGGGCUGGAUGGAUUCAGACCCCUGUGUAUCCGAGUGUUCAGAAAACAUGAAGUACUCCUACAGCGUGACCAACUGUGGCAGCACCUGCCGCUCUCUCAGUGAACAAGAUAACACCUGCCAAGGGUCCUUCACACCUGUAGAUGGCUGUGUCUGUUCUGAGGGAACAUAUCUCAAUGAAGAAGGCAGCUGUGUACCUGCUCACCAGUGUCCUUGUUACAAAGACGACAAGGUCAUUGAGUCAUCGGGAGUAUCCUACAUAGAUGGUGAAGCAUGCACCUGUAACCUUGGCAAAUUGCACUGCUCCAGUCCAGAAGACUGUGUGGCUCCGAUGGUCUUCUUCAAAUGCUCAAACUAUGAACCAGGAAAAAAAGGGACAGAAUGUCAAAGGACAUGUCAGAACCAAGACCAAAACAAUUGCGUGAGCACUGGGUGUGUAUCAGGGUGUAUGUGUCCAGAUGACCUUCUGGCUGAUGGGAAAGGUGGGUGUGUGGAGAGUAAAGACUGCCCCUGUGUCCAUAAUGGACUCAACUAUUCACCUGGACAGCAAGUUCUAGAGGACUGUAACACCUGCACAUGCACAAACGGGAUGUGGACUUGUACAGAUAAAGAGUGUUAUGGCACCUGUACCAUUUUUGGUGACGGUCAUUUCAUGACUUUUGAUGGCAAGAAAUAUUCUUUCCACGGAGACUGUGAACACAUCUUAGCCCAUGAUUACUGCAAUAAAGACCAGAGUCCAUAUUCUUUACGCCUGGUCACAGAAAACAUUCCCUGUGGCAGCAGCAGCACCAUUUGCUCCAAGUCCAUCAAUCUUUUCUUUGGGAGAUACAAGAUGAUUUUAUCCGAGGAGAAUGGGAUCAAAGUUGUUGAAAGCAAUGGCACUGAUUACCAAUAUCAAAUCCAUACUGCUGGGAUAUACAAUGUCAUAGAGGUCAAAGGACUUUUGAACUUAAUUUGGGACAAUAAAACAAGUCUGAUGCUCCAACUCCAUCCUACAUUUAAGGGCAAGGUGUGUGGACUGUGUGGAAACUUUGAUGGUAAUGCGAACAAUGACUUUGUAAAGCAUGAUGGAGAAGAGGUCACUGAUGCAGUGGCAUUUGGGAAUAGUUGGAAGGUGAAUCCCAGCUGCCCAGAAAUGAGCAACUUGAUUAACCCAUGUGAAAAAAAUCCACAUCGGAGUGCCUGGGCUAUCAAACAAUGCAGCAUCAUCACAAGCCCAGUCUUUACAGACUGCCAUUCACGGGUGGACUCUAGCCCAUACUAUGAUGCCUGUGUAAGGGACACCUGUGCAUGUGACAGCGGGGGUGACUGUGAUUGUUUCUGUACUGCAGUGGCAGCUUAUGCUGCUGAAUGCCGUAAAAAAGGGGCUUGUGUGGCAUGGCGGAGCCCAAGCAUUUGCCCAUUAUUCUGUGAGUACUACAACAACCCUCCAACUGAAUGUGAGUGGCACUAUAAAACCUGUGGAUCGACCUGCAUGAAAACUUGCAGAAACCCAUCAGGAACCUGCUCUAAUCAAAUUCCACUCCUAGAGGGGUGUUUUCCUCAGUGCCCUUCAGACAGGCCAUUUUUGAGGGAGGACACCAGGAAAUGUGUUACAGAGGCAGAAUGUGUUUCUCUGUGUACCUAUGAUGGGAAGAUAUAUAAUACUGGAGAAGUGGUGUAUGAUACUACAGAUGGGAAUGGAACAUGUUUUACUGCUGUAUGUGGAUCCAAUGACACAAUAAUAAGAACUAUUACAAAAUGCAUGACAACAACUACGCCAUUCACUUUCACAACUCCACCACAAACUACUAAAACAACAGUUACAAUAACGAUUAACAAGACUUCUACUUCUACACCUACAACAGUAACACUAACAACACCAGAAAUGCCUUCAACAGCUACUUCAACUGUUUCUAUAUUGACAUCUACAUCACCAGAAACUUUUACUUCUGCUGUUACUACUGCAACAUUAUUGACCCAAACACCACCUCCGAUACGAACAGAAACGCCAUCAACAGCUACUACAACUGUUGUUCCAACGACACCUACAUCACCUGAAAUUACUACUACUACUGUUACUGCUGCAACACCAUUGACAGAAAAACCACCACCAACAGUACCAGAAACACCAUCAACAGCUACAACAACUGCUGUUCCACCAACACCUACAGCACCACAAAUUUCUACUACUGCUGUUACUGCUGAAACCCCAUCCACAGAAACACCACCUCCAGUACGAACAGGAACCCCAUCAACAGCUACUACAACUGCUGUUCCACCAACACCUACAGCACCACAAAUUUCUACUACUGCUGUUACUGCUGAAACACCAUCUACAGAAACACCACCUCCAGUACGAACAGAAACACCAUCAACAGCUACUACAACUGCUGCUCCACCGACACCUAUAUCACCUGAAAUUACUACUGCUGUUACUGCUGAAACACCAUCUACAGAAUCACCACCUCCCAUAGGAACAGGAACACCAUCAACAGCUACUACAACUUCUGUUCCACCGACACCCAUAUCACCUGAAAUAACUACUGCUGUUACUGCUGAAACACCAUCCACAGAAACACCACCUCCCAUAGGAACAGAAACGCCAUCAACAGCUACUACAACUGCUGUUCCACCAACACCUAUAUCACCUGAAAUUACCACUGCUGUUACUGCUGAAACACCAUCUACAGAAACACCCUCUACAGAAACACCACCUCCAGUACGAACAGGAACACCAUCAACAGCUACUACAACUGCUGUUCCACCAACACCUGUGUCACCUGAAAUUACCACUGCUGUUACUGCUGAAACACCCUCUACAGAAACACCACCUCCAGUACGAACAGGAACACCAUCAACAGCUACUACAACUGCUGUUCCACCAACACCCAUAUCACCUGAAAUAACUACUGCU